AUGUAUAAAAGUUUUGGGUAUUCUACUGGAAACUUGAAAAGACAUUUAGAUGAAGUGCAUGAAAAAAAAGAAGAGGCACUGCUUAAAUGGACAUUGAAAACCAACCAACCUUUGUCUGUUGUUACUAAUGAAGCAUAUAUAGAAAAAAUGAAAGUUUUUGAUCCAGCAUUUUCUGGAAAAAGUUACAGUUUUAACAAAGAAGCAUUAUGUGAAAUUUUUCAACAAAGAAUUGAUUAUGUCUCAUUAACUACAGACUUCUGGGCUAGUAGAGCCAAGCAUGGAUACCUUGGUAUUACUGCUUCUUUUAUUGAAACAGACUUUAGUGUAGUUGACAUCAUGUUAGAUAUUAAAUAUGUUCCUGCAGUUGUAAUUGCUGAUUCUCUUUAUGAAAUGACUGAUAAUGGUGCCAAUAUGAUUGCCUCCAUUCAAUUACUUAACCAAAAACCUGGUUGUUAUGCCAUUAAACAUUUACCACACACAUUACAAUUAGCAAUUGGAAAAGAACAAGUAGAGAUUAAAAAAUGUACAAAAACAUUUAGGUUAUACAGAAGCCUUGCAAUUGAUGCAAUUAUUCAACUUCAAACAGAUUUAUGCACAUCAACAAAUAGAGAAGAUAAAAAAGAUGGAAAUAAGCUUAGAAAAAUAAUGCUAUCAGAUGAGGAAUGGGAUUUAGUUGAUGAAUUAAUAACUUUAUUAAUGCCUUUUGAGCAAGCCACAUGUGAAUAA